AGCCAGAGCAUCACUCGAGAGCGCGCAGAAGACGCGUGCACACUGAGCAGACUUGAGGAGGUGAUGCAUCGAUGUUUCUUCUCGAAUGACGCGCGAUUAGAAGCGGCUGCGGGUUCGAUGAGGAUGAUGAUGAAGAGUCCACAUCUGUGAUUGACACCUGCAGCAUCAGUCAGUGACAUGUUUAGCUCCAGCAGCACUAUGACUGAUGGAGAUUAUGAUUAUCUGAUCAAACUCCUGGCGCUGGGAGACUCUGGAGUGGGAAAGACCACCUUCCUCUACCGCUACACCGACAACAAAUUCAACCCCAAAUUCAUCACCACUGUCGGCAUCGACUUCAGAGAAAAGAGAGUGGUUUACACCACAAACAGUCCUAAUGGAACAUCAGGGAAGACGUUUAAAGUGCACCUGCAGCUUUGGGACACAGCAGGACAGGAGAGGUUCAGGAGUUUGACCACAGCGUUCUUCAGAGAUGCCAUGGGGUUUCUCCUCAUGUUUGAUCUGACCAGUCAACAGAGUUUCCUCAACGUCAGAAACUGGAUGAGUCAGCUGCAGGCCAACGCAUAUUGUGAGAACCCAGAUAUUGUUCUUGUUGGUAAUAAAGCGGAUCUGGCCGAUCAGAGGGAAGUCCAGGAGAAACAAGCGAGGGAACUCGCCGAUAAAUACGGUAUUCAGUAUUUUGAGACGAGCGCAGCCACUGGUUCUGAGGUGGAUAAAGCCGUGGUGACGCUGUUGGAUCUGGUGAUGAAGAGAAUGGAGCAGUGUGUAGAUAAACCCGCCGCAGACGCACACAACACAGACAGCAUCAGCAAACUGGAGGCUGCGCCGGCCAACGAGAAGAAAUGUGCAUGUUAAAGAAGCGGGACGUGCCCUUCAUCUCCCUCCGCUGGAGCCGUACCGCUCGUCCGGGCGACGUCAAACUGCCGGCGCUGGUGCUGAACUCUACUCAACUGUGUUAGACAUCUGUGUGGACGUUUUCAUUUUAACAGGUCUCCCUUACUAAAGCAUCCCUUCAAAAUGUUUGCAAACAUGUCUUUAUAUUUAGAUCUUAGUCCAGAAGCGCUGCAGGCGUGGGCUUAUGCCGGCCGUUUCUGCAUUGAUGUGAUGACGUCUGUCCCGUUUAAGCCGACGGCUGAACUAACUUCACCCUGACAGUAGAAGCAGAUGAACGUGCUUUCAUUCGUGUAGCUGGAGGACUUCAUGUGCUCGUGUAGAGCGGUUCACACCUCACGUCAUUAAUCCGAUGAAUUUAGCUGAUUUAUGAAUAUUUCUGCUCACACGUUUACGUUGCGUUCUCUCCUCUCCAACUAAAAUGAACGUGUUCACACUUUUAGAAGGUCUAGAAAUCAGAAGCGUUAUUCAUGAAGCUCCAGCUGACAGAAGGCUGUUUGUGUGCCAAACUCUCUAACACUGCCUGCCAGAGUUCAUCUCUGGUGACCUGUGCAUGUCUGCACGACACGACGCGACAAACUCCUGCCGUGUGUCGUCGUGUUUCGCCUGCCAAUGCUUGUGUGUUACAAUGAGCGUGUAAUGCGUGCAUGCGGUCGAUGUCGAGUUUACACACACGCACACAGAUGAAAACUGCACCCAAAUGAGAUUUCGUUUUAGAUCAGUAUUUUAGAUUCGUAGAGUUUUGCACGGAGCCUGUUCCUGUACGGAUCAAUCUGCAAGAGAAACUUGACAUGUUGCUGAUAUUUUUUCAUCCUGUUAAGUAAAUAACUUUAAAAUACGAAACAAUGACAACUAAAUUUCUACUGUAGUGCAGUGGUUCUCCAACGGGGGGGGCCCAAGAUGGGUCCGGGGGGCCCACAGUUUUUGUGGCAUUUUAUGAAAUGUAUCAUACAUUUUGUGCAAUCAAACAUCAGAAAAAGAAUACCACCAACCAAACGAACUGAUGUUCAACAUUGUAUAAUUGAAUCUGUCUUUGGUUUAAUUGAAAUUCAACGUUUAAGAUCAUAAGUCUUUAUUUGGGGGGGCCACAAAGCAAUGCAACCCACACAAAGGGGGGCCUAAAACGAAAAAGUUUGAGAACCACUGCUGUAGUGCACACAUGAAGGGUUCUCUGCAUAACAAAGUGAGACAUUAUAGGACAAAUCAGAUCUCUGAAAAUGUAUGAACAUGAUAAUCCUCUCUUGUGACGUUUGAAUCUCAUGAAAACGGGCCGUUUUCUUCAUCUUAAUGCAGUUUGAUUUUUGUCCUAAAGUGCCAAAUCAGAGAGUUGUCGUGCCAUAUGACAGCUGUGAUGUGCUGUGAAUGUGAUGAUCACAUGUUCACAUCUGCAUUGGUGUUUGUAGAGAUCUCGUGCUCGGCCUUUAACACAAGCUGUGUGUGUGUGUGUGUGUGUGUGUGUGUGUGUGUUUUACUGGAAUGCCUUUGCGACAAAGUGAGUUUUGUUUCCACGUUUACAGCGUCUGAAGGAUGAAGUUCCUCGUGCCUGUGCAAAUCUACUGACCGACGACACUAAAGCGGGUCUCCUGAACCUGUCCGUCCGUUUUACUGCAUUCAGAGUACGUUUGGCAAAAUAAAGCAGAAAAUAACACAAAUAACUAUGAAUUGUACGUGUAAAGCAGGUGAAAUUAUCUCUUUGGUUGUUUUCUGAAUGUUCAUUUUGAGUUUCUGUAUGCGUGUACUGUGUUACUAAAGAAUAAAUAAAGAGAAAAAAAUGCUUCUUGAUAUUUCAUCAUGCGAAUA